GUCGGAUUCGCACAAGGAGACAGAGCUCUGGCAGUGCCACAAGUGCCACCUCAACACCUGCCGAUACCCGAGGCCGCAGCCGGGCUAAAGUGGUUUCCCAGUCCCAGCGAUCCAGAUCAGCUAAUCCUGCUGGUGCUGGUAGCCGGUCUAGCUCUCCGGGUAAGCUGUUAGGAAGCGCCUAUGGUGGCCUGAGUGGUGGAGCAUCCAGAGUCCAGCCGGUGCCAUCAUCUUCAGAGAAGCGCAGCAAGAUCCCUCGGAGCCAGGGAUGCAGUCGAGAGACGAGUCCCAGCAGAAUAGGACUAGCACGGAGCAGUCGUAUCCCCCGACCCAGCAUGAGUCAGGGGUGCAGCCGUGAUACCAGCCGUGAGAGCAGUCGAGAUACAAGCCCUGCUCGGGGCUUCCCUCCACUUGACCGGUUUGGACUCGGACAGCCAGGCAGGAUGCCUGCUUCUGUGAAUGCCAUGCGAGUCCUGAGCACAAGCACAGAUCUGGAGGCUGCUGUGGCCGAUGCACUGAAAAAGCCAGUGAGAAGAAGAUAUGAACCCUAUGGGAUGUACUCUGAUGAUGAUGCUAACAGUGACGCAUCAAGUGCUUGCUCGGAGCGCUCCUAUGGUUCCAGGAACGGGGGCAUUCCACACUACCUGCGGCAGACGGAAGAUGUGGCUGAGGUCCUGAACCACUGUGCCAGCUCCAACUGGUCUGAAAGGAAAGAGGGGCUCAUAGGGCUUCAGAACUUACUGAAAAGCCAGCGGACACUGAGCCGAGUCGAGUUAAAAAGGCUAUGUGAAAUAUUUACUCGCAUGUUUGCUGACCCUCACAGCAAGAGAGUCUUCAGCAUGUUUCUGGAAACCCUGGUUGAUUUCAUCAUCAUUCAUAAAGAUGACUUGCAGGAUUGGCUUUUUGUUCUCCUGACCCAAUUGCUAAAGAAAAUGGGAGCAGAUCUGCUGGGGUCUGUGCAGGCAAAAGUUCAAAAAGCUCUGGAUGUCACCAGAGAUUCUUUUCCAUUUGAUCAACAAUUUAACAUUUUGAUGAGGUUUAUUGUAGAUCAGACCCAAACACCAAACCUGAAGGUUAAAGUUGCUAUCUUGAAGUAUAUCGAGUCCUUGGCAAGACAGAUGGAUCCGACAGACUUUGUGAACUCCAGUGAGACAAGACUUGCUGUAUCUAGAAUUAUAACUUGGACAACAGAACCAAAGAGCUCAGAUGUGAGAAAGGCAGCACAAAUAGUCCUGAUUUCUCUCUUUGAAUUGAACACUCCCGAGUUUACCAUGUUACUUGGUGCCUUGCCAAAAACAUUCCAGGAUGGUGCUACCAAGCUCUUGCACAACCACCUCAAGAACUCCAGUAACACCAGUGUGGGUUCCCCCAGCAAUACACUUGGUCGGACUCCUUCCCGGCACUCCAGCAGCAGAACCAGCCCCUUAACUUCACCUACCAACUGUUCCCAUGGUGGACUGUCUCCAAGUCGGUUCUGGGGUUGGAGUGCAGACGGGCUGUCGAAGCACCCCCCUCCCCUUUCUCAGCCUAACUCCAUCCCCACUGCUCCUUCCCACAAGACUUUCAGACGCUCUUACUCUCCCAGUAUGCUGGAUUAUGACACGGAGAACCUAAAUUCUGAUGAAAUCUACAGCUCUCUUCGUGGAGUCACAGAAGCGAUUGAAAAAUUUAGUUUCCGUAGUCAAGAGGACCUGAAUGAGCCAAUCAAACGGGAUGGAAAGAAAGACUGUGACAUUGUGUCUCGAGAUGGUGGCCUUGCUGUACCUAGCAGCGAUGUCCGUGGAAACAGUGACAUUGUGGAAGGUGGAAGGAUGGCUCUAGAUAACAAAACCUCCCUACUUAACACCCAGCCUCCCCGCGCCUUUUCAGGGCCGCGUGCUCGAGAAUAUAACCCCUAUCCUUAUGCUGACACAAUUAACACUUAUGACAAGACUGCCCUGAAGGAAGCAGUGUUCGAUGAUGACAUGGAUCAGCUUCGGGAUGUACCCAUUGACCAUUCAGAUUUGGUGGCUGAUCUUCUGAAAGAGCUCUCCAACCACAACGAGCGGGUGGAGGAGCGGAAAGGAGCCCUCCUGGAACUGCUAAAGAUCACAAGGGAAGACAAUCUCGGAGUUUGGGAGGAACAUUUCAAAACCAUUUUGCUCUUACUGCUGGAAACGCUUGGAGACAAAGAUCAUUCAAUAAGAGCCUUGGCACUGCGAGUCCUGAGAGAGAUCUUACGGAACCAGCCGGCAAGGUUUAAGAACUAUGCGGAGUUGACUAUCAUGAAAACACUGGAAGCACAUAAGGAUUCCCACAAGGAGGUCGUCAGAGCUGCUGAAGAAGCUGCUUCCACCCUGGCGAGUUCCAUCCACCCCGAGCAGUGCAUCAAAGUGCUUUGCCCCAUCAUUCAGACUGCAGAUUACCCAAUUAAUUUAGCUGCCAUUAAAAUGCAAACAAAAGUCAUCGAGAGAAUUUCCAAGGAAUCGUUGCACCAGCUCCUUGCUGAUAUCAUUCCUGGGUUGUUACAGGGUUAUGAUAAUACAGAGAGCAGUGUCCGUAAAGCUAGCGUAUUUUGCCUGGUGGCAAUUUAUUCAGUAAUUGGAGAAGAACUGAAACCUCAUCUGGCACAACUCACGGGAAGCAAGAUGAAGCUACUGAACUUGUACAUAAAGAGGGCCCAGACCACCAACAGCAACAGCAGUUCCUCUUCAGAUGUUUCAACGCACAGUUAAUGGAGAUAUGUGGACAUAUGUGUAGACUUAGAAGCAAUCAACGGUGCCUCUCAGAGACCUUUCUGCUACUCUUCACUGGCGUGCUCCAUCGGCUCAAGGAGGCCAUGCAGAUAUUUAUUGCAAUCAGUAUUUUAGUCCCUUGAAAGCUUUUAUGUAGAAUCUUACUGGUAUUGAAUGUAAAGGAAGCAAGGUCUAUGUUGCAGUCUUCAUUAAAAGUGAACAACAGAAAGCCAUACUUAAACAUAUUUGUAUAGCCUGC